CCUCCUCCUCCAGAUUCACACACACACAUACAAACACACAUGUACAGACAGACCCCCCUCUCACACAGGAGUAGAUAGAGAGCGGUGAAGAGCAGAAGGAGCUGGUCGGCAGGAGAGAGGCAGGAGGGCUGUUGUUGAUUUAACAAAAGCCAGGAAAGGAGUGCGCAGUCCUGGGGAGAGGAGCAGCUGUGAAAUGCCUGGAAGGGAGCCUGCCAGCUACUCCUGCAGAGACCUGAAGGUGUUGAGCUUCAGCUGAGGAUGGCAGGAGACUCUCGAGUCCUCAUGGACCACAACAUGGAGAUAGGAGUCACACCUGCACAGGUUAAGAAGCUUCCAAAACACUUAAGGGAGGCUCAGAUCUCAACAGAGCGAACUCACUUGAUCUCAGACCCGGCGAAGAAGCCACGUCAGCGCUACGUCCAGAAGGACGGCAAGUGCAACGUUCACCACGGAAACGUGCAGGAGACCUACCGUUACCUCAGCGACCUGUUCACCACGCUGGUGGACCUGCGGUGGCGCCUCAGCCUCUUCAUAUUCACCCUGGUGUACGUGGUCAACUGGCUCUUCUUUGGCUUCCUGUGGUGGCUGAUCGCGCUCAUCCGCGGGGAUCUGUGGCACGCCGACGAGGAGGGCUGGACCCCCUGCGUGGAGAACCUGAACAGUUUUGUGUCGGCCUUCCUCUUCUCCAUCGAAACGGAGACCACCAUCGGGUACGGCUAUCGCGUGAUCACAGAAAAGUGUCCUGAAGGUAUUAUACUGCUUUUGGUGCAGGCCAUUUUGGGUUCCAUCGUGAACGCCAUGAUGGUGGGUUGCAUGUUCGUCAAGAUCUCCCAGCCAAAGAACCGCGCCGAGACCCUGAUGUUCUCGCACAAGGCCGUCAUAUCGGUGCGAGACAACAAGCUGUGCCUGAUGUUUCGAGUCGGGGACCUGAGGAACUCUCACAUCGUGGAGGCGUCGAUCAGGGCGAAGCUGAUCCGCUCGCAGCAGACCAAGGAGGGGGAGUUCAUCCCGCUCAACCAGACCGACAUAAACAUCGGCUUUGACACGGGAGAUGACCGCCUCUUCCUGGUCUCCCCACUCAUCAUCUCGCACGAGAUCAAUGAGAAGAGCCCCUUCUGGGAGAUGACAAUGGCUCAAAUAGAGAAGGAGGAGUUUGAGAUCGUGGUGAUCCUUGAAGGCAUGGUGGAGGCAACAGGGAUGACAUGCCAGGCACGGAGUUCCUACCUGGACACCGAGGUGCUUUGGGGCUACCGCUUCACACCGGUCCUCUCCCUGGAGAAAGGCUUCUACGAGGUCGACUACAACAACUUCCAUGACAUCUACGAGACCAACACCCCGACGUGCAGCGCCAAGGAGCUAGCUGCCAAGCUCCGGGAGGGGCCGCUAUUGCCGCAGCUCUCGCUCCUCAGCCCAGAGCCCAAAAUGCAUACUUUUGAUCCCCUAGACCACCUGUCCCAACUGGACCCACUGAGUCCAGAUGAGGACAGGGAGGAGAGAGAUUUCGGGGGUGACAGAGGAGAAACCAACGGCUCAGCUGCUGCUUUAGAGGAGCCGCCCCUCGUUGAUGGACUGCCUGACUGACCUGACUGACGGCUGCAUCAGCUCAAACCCCAGGAGAGGACAGGACUAUAUAAUGCUUCAUUUAGCCCGAUGGCCAGCUUGUUCCAUUGCAACGCCUGGAGACACAAGACAUCGGACUCCAGCACCCCCGACUCAUGCAAUACUCCUCUCUACUAGAGUGUCAAUCUAUAGCAUAGAUUGGUUUUGUAGACACGUAACAACACGUAUACAGGCACACAUGUACAACAAUAUCUAUAUAAGGUCGGUGGUUCAGAUUGUCUUUUUUAUAAUCGCAAUGACCACUUACUGCUAUAACAGCUCAAGUUGUAUAAUGUAAAUUUGAGUUGAAACUGGUAGCCAUAAAACAGAGUACCGCGGGCUUAUUCUGGAUACUCUAAUACUCUCAUUUUAGAUUGUGUUGAUUCACCCACAGUCUCAAAAUUUAGCUUUAUGUGUCUGACUGCAGCUCUGCGUGGUAAUGAAACCUUGUUAUUGAUCUUCUUCUCUUUUUUUUUUUUUUAAAUGUGGGGGCUCGUUAUUAUACUUUUUUCUUUUCAGUGUUAUUAUUCCAUGUCAGUUUGCAUUUAGUUUGCAUUGACGAAAAUCAUAGGCUCAAACUACUCUGUACAAGGCGAUGUGCACUGAAGACGACGGAUCAAAGUGAGUUUUUUAUUUGUUCAAGCCUUCCUAAAUGCUCGUUGUUUAUGCCUUCAUCGUUCGAGUCUGGUUGUCUCCCCAAAAAUACUCGGAGCCGUGGCCCAAAAGAAACCAGUUAGUACCUCAUUUUAUACUCAUUUUUCAAGGUUGAAAUUUACAAUUAGAACUACACAAAGGGUUGUUUUGCAACUGCCUCAGUAAUGUCUUUGUCAGUUGAGUGAAUUCCCUUUUCCAUCUCAGCAGCUGAAACAUUAAUUCCAAGCCCUGUUCUUGGUCUGUAAAGCACAAUCUCCCGAGAGGUGUCUCCACGCUGACCUUACCACCCACCCUAUAGCCCACUGCUACUGACUGAUGCAUGUCAGUCCUAGUUAAAAGGGACAUUCAAAAUGUAGAUUCAAAUAUUUAUAUGAAAUAUUUAUGCUUAACUGCUCUUUGAAAAGAUGUUCCCGAUUUUUUUUAUAUACCACGCACAUGAAUAGUUCAAAUGCUCCACAAGCCAAAUUAAAUAUGUAUCAUUUUAUAUCUGUUUAUGUUUUGUUUUUCAAUAAUUGCAAAAAAAGGUGAUCAACCUUGACAUGUUUCAGCCGCAUUAGCAUUUGAAUCUAAACGCAGGAUUUUUCUGUCUUAUCGCUCAGCAAUGUGUGUUUGCUUUGUAAUCAUUUGCUCUGAACUUCAUGUUGAUCUUUCCCGCCUUAUCAUUUUUGAAAUCUCCCUUAGUACACACAAACAUCAACAUGCACUUUGGCCCCGUUCCACUUCUUGCCCCGGGGGUCCUGUCCUUGGAACACAUUUUGGCCCUUUGUUGUCACUCUUUUAGAAGUGGACAACGUUUCUAGGACCUGACAAAACCUACAUUUAUUUAAGAAAAAAACUUUACUUUGAAUUACAUGCAUGAAUCAUCCCCCGUCUCAUUGCUGAGUAGGUUUAUUACAGUAAAAAAUACAGGGUAUUUUUUAGGCAUGCAAAUUAUGAGAUUUAUACUAUAUAUUAUGAAAUAAUGUAUUAAUAUUCAAUUAUCUUUCGUUGAAAAAAUGAUUGACCUAAUACUUUGAAAUAUCCCAUUCCCACUUUAUUUGACAGAUGCUUGUCCAAUCGAUGUGUUUUUUCUUUUCACUGUGACAUUCUCACCUCCUCUGUACUCCAUUUACUUAACGAUGCGUUUGUCUUUAGAGAGAGAUCAUCUUUCAUUGCUGUUCUGUGUGUUCUCAUGGGAAUAAACAUAAUAUGGCCGAAAGAGGACCUUUUUCUUGUAAAGACGAUGUGUGCAUAAAAAGGAUUCAGUGUUUGUGUUUCAUUAGUUUUAUACAUAGCAAUUUAAUCUUUGGCUAUCUGUUCAAAUAAGAAGCAAUGUCUUACACAUCUGAAAGGUGGAUUAGCUGUGUAUUGAAUCAUGAAAAGGGAAAACUUAAGCAAACCUCUAAUUAUCAGCUCACCACAAUCUUGUCUUGCUCCGAGGCUCGAGGCAAAAAACCUGCUUCAUGCACGGUGGGGAAACAAAUAGGAAGGAUAACAUCAAGAACCUUGUCGCCCCCCCUUUCUGUUUCUCUGUUGGAUAUAAUCGAUUAAAACUGCACCAAUGGAACAUCUAGAUAUACAUCUAUGUGGUACCCAAAGUCUCCUUGUACUCAACUGUAGUCUACCAGAAGUGUCCAAAGCCCAUAAAGGACAAUAAGCAGUGUUUUCUGGUGGAUAAACAUGGUAGUGACUUAAACAGCAUCCCUGAAAAGAAACUGCAAUUACACAGACCCCUGCACAAACACACAGGAAGACACAAUCACCCGAAACAGCUGCCAGACUGAAUAAGGCCCCCACAGCUUUUUAACUAGCUGACAGAGAAAACAGUGCAAAAAGUCACAAGGGUAAUCGCUUUUUAUCUCCGCGUCUACAGAGCACAACCAGUCAGUAAAACAUGAAACCUGAUUCAGAAGAUUUUUGUGGCCAGUGUGUCAGAGAAUCACUGAAUCACAGCAAUAUGCUGUCAAGGCUAUUCUGGUCCGAGCUAUUAAAUUUUGGAGGCCGGAUCGUCAGCAAGCUGACAGCCCCUGAUUCAAAUCUGAAUAAUGUACGAUGAUGAAUAUAAUGCAUCCAUUGAAUGGCGCAUUGAAAUAGGUACGAGGCAGGUGCA